AACCAGCAACAACAAAUUGAAAUAGCAGCGUCGUUCUGUUCGUUCUUUGGCUCUCUGUUUUGUGCCUCACAUUCGUUGCAUUUGCGAGACUCAGCUGUGCAAUUCUGCCCUUGUGUUGGUGAGCGCAACACGUUUGUGUGCGAGAGAGAAGGAGAGCGAGGCGCUCUGCCGCCGUAGACGUAGCCGUCGCUGCCGACGCGGGCAGCGUGCGUCACCGAUGCGACAGUUUUCUAAAAGUACAACUAAAGAGGAAAUUGAUGGUCUUAUAAUAUAAGAGGACGACCCACUGGGACGAAGGCGGUCAAUGUCUGAUUGCGAGUGGACAGUCGGAAACUGGGUCUCUCUGCUCCCCCCACCCAUAAUAUAUGACUGAUAAUGGCCGGUUUGGAGCUGGAAGCACAACAGCAGCAACGACAAUGGCCAAACAAAAUGAAUACUUGAAAAUUUGGAAACAUAUCAAAUGGCGAAAUGAAAAGUAAACAAAGCAAACGAAUUGAAUCGGAAUAUUAUUAUGAAAACGAGAUUUAUGCGAAAACGAAACAGAGAAGCAAGAAGCACACAAAGAAUACCCAGAAUUUAUAUAUUUAUAGAACUUAUUGGGCAAUCGCAACGUAAACAUUGAUGAAGCGAAAUCAAGUGCCAUAGUGAAAAAAAGCGCGAGUGUUUUUAUUUUAUUUUCGUUUUUUAAGUUCUACUUAGUCAAUACUGAAAUCACACGACAUAUCGCCGGGGGAAUUACUAUAUAUAUACAUACAUGAAAAUAGGGCAGAUAUAUAACCACCGCAACAAUAUGACAAUAUCAGCAAGCAUCCAACAUAAUAACAAUGCAAAUCGCAAAUAUGAAAAACUCAUUAAGCAGCCGCAAUUGCAGUUUGGAACGUCCGUGACCGGAACCCAAACGGAUGCGAAUGCCCAUGCGGAGCCUUCGGCGGAUGCUGCGGCAUUCAGCAGCGAUGGCAGUGCGAAUUCGGGCAAGGACUUUACCCAUUUCAAUAAGCAUUUUGACAAUGGUCAUGCCAUCACAGAUCGCACAAUGCUGCUGCCUCCGGAGGACGAUGUCGCCGCCACCAACGGCAUUGUCACGUACAAGGGGAAAUCGAAUGGGAAGGGAACGAGCGGCCAUGGGAAUGGCAAUGGAAGUAUCAGCCUGGAGUUCACGGGCAGUCCUCCAAGCACCUCGUCAUCAUCGUCAACGGCAAUUGGCAUGACCGGCAGCAGCAGCAGCAGUAGCAGUUGCCACCUGACAGGUGGUAGUAGUGGAGGAUCCUCCUGCUCCGGCUCCAGCCAUUGUUGUAAUUUAAUUGCUCGUCGCUGCUUCGGCAUCAACGUGCGGCGAUGUGUCUUUGCCCUGCUGGCCAUUACGAUGGCUAGCAUUUUCUACUAUACGCAUUACGUCGACACGGGCAUGUUUAAUGGUCUCAUACAACGCGACACUCAUCCCGCUCCCAUAAUCAACUGCCGGAUGAUAAAUGCCGGUGGCAAGCAUAUCCGAGAUGCCUCACCAGCGCCAGAUCACAGAUCCGAGGCUCGUCUGAGGAUAGAUCCCAAGGUAUUGGUCUUUGUGGAGACCACAUACUCCGGCCUGGGACGUGACAUAGCCGAGCUGCUCGUCUACAAUCGGAUCAAAUACAAAAUCGAAGUGGCAGGCAAAAGCCUACCCGUGCUCACCAAUCUCGACAAGGGUCGCUAUGGAGUGAUUGUGUUCGAGAACCUGGACAAGUACCUCAACAUGGACAAGUGGAAUCGCGAGCUGCUGGACAAAUACUGUCGCGAGUACUCCGUGGGAAUUGUGGGUUUCGUCAGUUCCAGCGAGGAGACCCUGGUGGGUGCUCAGCUCCGGGACUUUCCGCUCUUUGUCAACACCAAUCUAAGGUUGAGGGACGCCAGCUUGAAUCCCAGUUCAUCGGUGCUCCGGUUAACCAGAGCGGGCGAGACCGCUUGGGGAGCCCUGCCCGGCGAUGAUUGGGCAGUGUUCCAGCAUAAUCACAGUACCUACGAGCCGGUGGAGUGGGCUCAGCGGAAUACCCAGGAAUAUCCGGCGGAUAGUGUGGGCCAGGUGCAGCUGCCACUGACCACAGUUCUCCAGGACCGCGGUCAUUUGGAUGGCAUCCAGAGAGUGCUCUUCGGGAGCAGUCUGAGAUUCUGGCUGCACCGCUUAGUCUUCCUGGAUGCCCUCAGUUACCUGAGUCAUGGACAGCUCAGCUUGAACCUGGAGCGGAUGAUACUCGUGGAUAUAGAUGACAUAUUCGUGGGAGAGAAGGGCACUCGGCUGCGACCCGACGAUGUGAGGGCGCUGAUAGCCACCCAAAAGAAUAUAGCAGCAAUGGUGCCUGGCUUCCGCUUCAAUCUGGGCUUCUCCGGCAAGUACUAUCAUCAUGGAACGCGAGAGGAGAACCUCGGUGAUGACUUUCUGCUGCAGAAUGUCCAGGAGUUCAACUGGUUCUCGCACAUGUGGAAGCACCAGCAGCCGCAUCUCUACGACAACCUGACGCUCCUCAUGGCCGAAAUGCAACUGAACUAUGCCUUCGCCUUGGAUCAUAAUAUACCCACGGAUUCGGGUUACUCCAUAUCGCCGCAUCACUCAGGUGUGUAUCCCGCCCAUGAGUUGCUCUACCUGGCCUGGAAGAAGGUGUGGAACGUGAAGGUGACCUCCACGGAGGAGUAUCCGCAUCUGAGACCAGCUCGUCUAAGGCGGGGCUUCAUCCAUCGGGAUAUAAUGGUGCUGCCGAGGCAAACCUGUGGCCUGUUCACACACACCAUGUACAUAGACCGAUAUCCCGGUGGCAGGGACAAGCUGGACGAGUCCAUCCAGGGCGGCGAGCUCUUCCAGACGAUCGUCUACAACCCCAUCAACAUCUUCAUGACGCACAUGUCCAACUAUGGGUCAGAUCGUUUGGCCCUGUACACAUUCCAGUCGGUGAUCAAGUUCCUGCAGUGCUGGACCAACCUCAAGUUGGCCUCGGCACCGCCCAUUCAGCUGGCCGAGAUGUACUUCCGCCUGCACCCGGAGGAGGUGGACCCCGUCUGGGGCAAUCCCUGUGACGAUGUGCGGCACAAGAAGAUCUGGUCGAAGACCAAAAACUGUGACUCGCUGCCCAAGUUCCUGGUGAUAGGCCAAAAGACCGGCACCACCGCCCUCUACACAUUCCUCUCGAUGCACGGCAGCGUGGCAAGCAAUAUCGAUAGUCGGGAUACCUUCGAGGAAGUGCAGUUCUUCAAUGGGAACAACUACUAUCGAGGCUUGGACUGGUAUAUGGACUUCUUUCCCUCGGAGGUCCUGCCCAAUACGAGUUCCCCGAUGCCCACGCAGCUGGGAUCGCCGAGGUACAUGUUCGAGAAGAGUGCCACCUACUUUGAUGGAGAGGCGGUACCCAAAAGGACACAUGCCUUGCUGCCACACGCCAAGAUCGUCACGAUUCUGAUAUCGCCGGCGAAGAGGGCGUACUCCUGGUAUCAGCAUCAAAAGGCCCAUGGCGAUGUGAUAGCCAAUAACUAUAGUUUCUAUCAGGUCAUAACGGCGGGCGACGCCGCACCCAGGUCGCUGAAGGAUCUGCGCAAUCGCUGCCUAAACCCGGGCAAGUACGCCCAGCACUUGGAGCACUGGCUGGCCUACUAUCCCGCCCAGCAGCUGCACAUCAUCGACGGCGAGCAGUUGCGCCUGAAUCCCGUCGAUGUGAUGAACGAGCUGCAGCGCUUCCUGAAAAUCCAGCCGCUGCUCGAUUAUUCAAAUCACCUGCGCUACGACGUGAAGAAGGGCUUCUACUGCCAGGCCGUCAGCGAGAAGCGCAAUAAAUGCCUGGGCAAGUCCAAGGGUCGCCAGUAUCCGACGAUGGAUGAGCGCAGUGCCAAGAUGUUGCAGCGCUACUAUCUGAAUCACAAUACGGCGCUGGUGAAGCUGCUCAAAAAGCUGGGGUCGCGGCCGAUACCACAGUGGCUCAAAGACGACCUGUCCACGGGCACGUGAUAGCAACUCAUCGGCGGCGGAGGAGCAGGACCAGGUGGAGGUGGCUCUGGAGGCGGCAUCAAGUAUCGCAAAUUGCGGGCAAAACUCAGGAAACAGUUGCGUUGGCUGCAUCUGGCGGCCGAGAGCACUGAAAAGGCUCAGUCACAACGGCGACGAAGGCUUCACAACUGACAGGACGACGAAGGGGAGGUGGAAAUGUUUAACAUAAGAAAAGCAUAUACUCGUUCCUGUUCUGAGCUCUUAUUUUGAUAUAUUUUUCUGCAAUCGAAAUUAAUAAGGUUUAAGGCAAGACAAUAUCAAUGAGUACGAUGCGUAACGCCAUAUAACAUAAGGGUUUACAGUAAAUGCUUUAGGAUUUAAUUCAAAUGUAACUCUCUUUAGAAAACUCAAUCCAUGUAAAUAUGUUUAUCUUAUUCAAACAAUUUCUUUGUAUUCUAUAUAACAAAUGUAUUACAAAUUGUUAGCCUAAAAGGAA